GGCCGGCAGCGGAACAGCGGGGGCCGCUCCCCUUCCGCUCCUUCCCGUUCCGGUGUCCUUGGGGUGCGAGAGGGAAGAUGGCGGCGGCGGCGAUGCUGAGGGCUGGGCUGGGGGGGCCCCGCGGAGCCCGGACGGCUCUCCUCGCCAGGAGCCUCCUCCUCCGCCGCCCGGGGGUGCUGCCGGCCCUCGCCUCAGCCGCCGCUCCGGCCCGGGGGAGCCACGGCCAGCAGGGGCACGGUUUAAAGAGAUCCCUGCCCAGCCCAUCAAAAGAGCAAACCACCUUGCCCACUUUGCAAUGCAUCUCGCCCUUACUGAAGACAGUAGAGGAGACCCCCCAGCCCAUCCCAGCGAAGGUCAAAGGACAUAUUCCUGAAUGGAUAAAUGGCAGUCUGCUGAGGAAUGGUCCUGGGAGAUUUGAGUUUGGCGAGGAGAAAUAUAACCACUGGUUUGAUGGCAUGGCCCUGCUGCACCAGUUCCAGCUGAGGAAUGGCACAGUGAUGUACCGGAGCAAGUUUCUGCAGAGCGAUUCAUACCUCACUAACAGGCAGCACAACCGCAUCGUGGUCUCAGAAUUUGGGACACUGGCAAUGCCAGACCCAUGCAAGAGUGUGUUUGAGCGCUUCAUGUCACGCUUCGAUACGCCAAAGCCAAGUGACAAUGCCAGUGUGAGCUACGUUGUGUAUAAAGGAGACUACUAUGUCAGCAGUGAGAACACCUUCAUGUACAAAGUGGACCCAGAAACACUUGAAACAAAGGAAAAGGUAGACUGGAGUAAAUUCGUUGCAGUGAAUGGGGCCACUGCUCAUCCUCAUUAUGCAUCUGAUGGGACGACAUACAACAUGGGCAAUUCCUAUGGGAAACAUGGGACAAGGUACAAUAUCAUUGAGAUCCCUCCACAAAAGUCAAACUGCAGUGACACGUUGGAGGGAGCAAAAGUGCUGUGCUCCAUUGCUCCAAUGGAUAACAUGAAACCCUCCUACUAUCACAGCUUUGGGAUGAGUGAAAACUAUAUCAUUUUUAUUGAGCAACCCAUCAAGCUGAAUCUGAUGCGGAUUAUCACUUCCAAAUUCCGUGGGAAGCCCAUUUCCGAAGGGAUAAACUGGGAGCCUCAGUACAGUACUCGCUUCCACGUGGUGAAUAAGCACACUGGGGAGGUGCUGCCAGGACAAUGGUAUAGUAAACCCUUUGCUACUUUCCAUCAAAUCAAUGCCUUUGAAGAUCAUGGUUGUUUGGUCCUUGACUUGUGCUGCCAGGAUGAUGGAAAAACUCUGGCUACCUACAAGCUUCAGAACAUGCGGAGGAGUGGUGUGGAUCUGUAUCAGGUUUAUGACUCAGUAGCCCGAACUUUCCCCCGUCGCUUUGUUCUCCCACUGAACAUGAGUUCAGAUGCUCCUGUGGGGAAGAAUCUUAACCCUUUGCCUUAUACACUGGCAAAGGCUGUGAAAGAUGCGGAUGGCAAGGUCUGGUGCACGCAUGAAAAUCUCUACCCCGAGGGUUUUGAAAACUUUGGGGGUUUGGAGUUCCCCCAGAUUAAUUACUCUCAGUACAGUGGUAAGAAGUACCGUUAUUUCUAUGGAUGUGGUUUUCGGCAUUUAAUUGGAGAUUCCUUGAUGAAGGUUGAUGUGGAGACCAAGAAUUUCAAGAUUUGGCAGGAGGAAGGAUCCUACCCAUCAGAGCCAGUGUUUGUGCCAGUGCCUAAUGCCACGGCAGAAGACAAUGGAGUCAUCCUGUCUGUUGUGAUAUCCCCCGAUGAGAACCAAAGUGCUUUCCUCCUUGUCCUGGAUGCAGAAACCUUCAAAGAACUGGGGCGAGCAGAAGUCCCAGUGGAAAUGCCUUAUGGAUUCCAUGGCAUCUUUAGGUCCCACUGACCUUGCCACUUCCUGUAACUCAGGGCGAGGUCAGGCUCAGAAAGAAACCUGUUUUCUUUUGUCUCCCAACACUGCAUUAUGCCAGUGAUGAAGGGAACUGUUUCUUCUCUAUCAUAACCUCUGGGUCACUGUUGCUUUCCUAGCAGUUCACAGAAAAGAGAGGGCAGAAGCUCCAUUGCUCUAACAGCUCCCUGCUUUAUCUUAAUUUUCCAACUAUCUUGCUAGAAGAGUUAGCAGCAGUUCACAGAGGCUGCCAUGCAUAAGGGUUGCAAGGGAGAAAAUGGAAACUAAGAUGAUCGUUACCUUCUCUGGGUAGCAAGUAUCUGUGCUUAGGGCAGUGGCAUUGGCUGAAAUCAAAGCAGAAGAGAGGAGUAAAACCAACUACUAACAUGUAGGCCCGGUGAUGGGAUGUAAUUUUGGCCCCACUGCAUCAAGAUUGCCUUCAGUGAAGCCCCAGAGAAUAGACACAAAUGCUCACAGAAGCUGUACUUGUAGUGCUUUUCUCCAUACACUAACUGUGCCCUCAAAUAAAAGCUUGUGAAGUUU